UCUUUUUCUGUCUGUUUCCCUCCCUCCCUUCCUCUCUCUCUCUCUCUUACUCACACACUGUCUCUCCCCACAGUACAAAGGGGAGGGCUUUUCUUCCUUUAAUUAAUAACCUGUGGAAUUCAGAAAUGCAAGGCUGUGUGUAGUAACACAUCAAGUGUGCAGAGCUCGGCUUCUUUCUCUCAUCUUGCAGACAUUUCAGGAUCUUUAAAACAGGUGAGAAAGACAUGGCUGACCAAAUUUCUUCAGAUUACUUCAACUGCCCUCUAUGUACAGAGCUGCUGAAGGACCCGGUGGCGAUUCCCUGCGGUCACAGCUUCUGUAUGGACUGUAUCAGCGGUUACUGGAAUGAGGCCGACUAUACAGGCAUCUACAUAUGCCCUCAGUGUCGGAUCACGUUCACCCAGAGACCUGUCCUGAGGCCGAACGCUACUCUUACCAAAGUUGCCGAGAAGAUCAAGAAAACCGGGUUAAACCUCAAUUCGAUGCCAGCCACCAAUGGAAGCUACGCCGAACCUGGAGAUGUUCCUUGUGACUUCUGCACUGGAAAGAAACUCAAGGCUGUCAAGUCUUGCCUCAACUGCCUCGCCUCUUACUGCGAAAAACACCUGAAACCCCACUACGAGUCUGCCACCUUUAAGAGACACAAGCUGGUGGAUGAACUGGGCAAUCUGGACCGUAAAAUCUGUCCCCAGCAUCAAAAGAGCCUGGAAUUGUUUUGUCGAACGGACCAGAUGUGCAUCUGCGCCAUCUGUACUGUCAGCGAGCAUAAAGGGCAUGACAUCGCUUCGGCCGAAGCAGAGAGGGGUGAAAAACAGAAACUUCUUGGAGUAUCACAAGCAGAGAUCAAACAAAAAUGCCAACAGAGGACCAAAGAACUGGAGGAACUGAGAACGGCAGUGGAUUCUCUCAAAAAUUCUGCACAAAGAGCAAUGGCGGAAAGCAAGAAGAUGUUUGAUGAGAUGAUCAGCUCCAUUGAGAGGAUGAGGUCAGAGGUCUCCAAACUGAUCAACAUCAAUGAGAAGGCUGCGUUCAAUCAGGCCGAAGGGUUGGUGGAGCGACUGCAGCAGGAGAUUGAUGAACUGAAAAAGAAAGAGAUUGGACUGAAACAGCUCUACAGCACUGAUGACCACAUCCACUUCUUACAGAAUUUUAAUUAUCUCUGCACCCCGACUGAUGAUGGCUUCAUACCCAAAGUGUCUCUGAAUCCAGAAUUUUCCUUCAGCGCAGCCAGGAAAGCUGUGGCUGAGAUUAAAGAGAGACUGGAGGAGAUGGGCAGAGAGGAACUGCUGAAGAUCUCCAAAUCAGUGAAUGAAGUGCCGGUGUACACCAUGGAGAAUCGAUCCAAGGAGAAAAGUAUUAGAGUUAAAGAGGUCCAUACAGUGGACAGUGCACCUCCUUCAGAACCCAAAAGCAGAUCUGAAUUUCUGAAAUACUUCUGUCAGCUCAGAUUAGACCCCCACACGGCACAUAAGGAGCUGUAUUUGUCCGAAGGAAACAGGAAGGUGAUUAGAACCCGGGACCUGCAGCCAUACUCCGAAAAUCAAGAGCGCUUUGACAGCUUUGCCCAGGUGCUCUGUCGUGAUGCCCUGUCUGGUGGUCGCUUCUACUGGGAAAUCGAGUGGAGUGGGGAAUUCUCCAUCGGAGUUGCCUAUCGGGGCAUUAGCCGUAAGGGUAAAGGUUCCCUGUGCCUGCUGGGCUACAACGAUAAGUCGUGGAGCCUCCUCUGCUCUGACUCUGGAUACUCUGCCUGGCAUAACAGGGUAGACAAGACAGUCAGUGGGCCUCAUUCUUCAAGAAUAGGGGUCUAUCUGGACCAUUCUGCAGGGGUUUUGUCCUUCUAUAGCAUUGGGGAAACAAUGACACGUCUGUAUCGUUUUGAAACCACAUUUACUGAGCCUCUCUAUGCGGGCUUUGGGGUUGGAACGUCAGUCAAGAUCUGCCAAUUAAAAUGAACACUAAAUGAGAUGUGUGGGUUUUCAUAAGGACUCCUAAAUGAAGGAGAAAUGAGUUUGUUCUUUAUUUUAUUAUUUGAUAUUUUUUUACUCUGCCUUUUUUGUUUAAUGCCAUUUGUCAGCUGUCAUUUAAUUCAUUUUUAAAAGGUUCUGAAGGUAUUAAUUUUUCAGUCAAUAAAUCUUCAAUGCCAUGAUCUGCUUUUUAUAUAAAUAAUAUUUUGUGUGUAUAUUCAAGAGUAAGAGCACUGCUCAUUGCCAUUGUAAAUGCAACAUUAUUCACCAAGGACCACUUCAUAUUUCAAUAAACUUUUAAUAAUGUAAUACAA